UAUCAACGAUACUAUUUACAUUUUUCUAAAUAUUUUACAUCAUUUUAAUUAGGUGCUGUGUAAAGAAUUACCGUACAAGAAGCAUUUGUGAUACUCAUAAUUACUACAGCAGGCCGUCUCUUUUGAAUAUGGAUUAGAAAUAGGGCAUUGAAAUGACAUAAUUCGUUCCAAAUCAUGUGUUUUUUGAGUUUUCGCGAAUAAAAAUCUAUUUCUUGGUGAAGUCCAUAUAAUCAAAGGCUGGCAUGGAAAGCAUCAAGAGGCGGUUGAGUUUUCGCAAAAAGAAGAACCAUGUCCCUGAGUGUUCAAAACCACACCAGUGGCAGGAAGACGAGAAGAAAGUGAGAGAUGGAACCUGUAGCUUUCAAGUUCGGUACCUUGGUUGUGUUGAAGUUUUUGAGUCCAGAGGCAUGCAAGUUUGUGAAGAGGCCGUGAAAACAUUGAAAGCUCAGUGUAAAGGUAAAUACCAGAGAGCAGUAUUAUAUGUCUCGGGAGAUGCCUUGCGAGUUGUGGACGAGAUCAGCAAAAGUAUGAUAGUUGACCAAACCAUUGAGAAGGUAUCCUUUUGUGCACCAGACCGCAAUCAUGAGAAAGGAUUUGCCUACAUAUGUCGGGAUGGAACCACAAGGCGAUGGAUGUGUCAUGGUUUCCUGGCUGUCAAAGAGUCCGUAAGUUGGUAUUUCAAAGGCCGGAACCGUCGCUCCGGGGAACGUUUGAGCCAUGCUGUAGGUUGUGCUUUUGCCAUCUGUUUGGAACGUAAACAGAAGCGGGAUAAAGAUGGAAAUACAGGGGUACAAGUGACCUAUUCUCAGGACAAGACCAGCUUUACUAGAAUGGGAUCAUUUAGGCAGACCACUUUGACAGAGAGGAUAACAGACCCACAGAGCGCCAUACUUGCUGAACCUGUACCUGUCAAGAAGGUAGAUAACCCUUUUGCUGUGGAGCGGCCAAAAGCCACACCUUCUAUGAUUGUCAGACAGGGAUCAUUUCGAGGCUUUGAAAAUUUGCAGAAAGAAUCUUCUCCAUUUAAACGCUCUGUGUCGUUGAGACUCAGUGACCUUCCAUCAACAUUACAAAGACAAGGGGCAAUAACUGAUGGCUCACCACCCAAACCAACUGUAGAUAUCAGUGCUCCUAUACAAGAAAUGUCACCUUCAAAAGAGCAAGAGGAUUCAAUAGCCAAUAUGUGCCAGCAACUGACCAUGGGAUUAUCACAGCUUAGUUCAGAUGACCCGUUUGGCACCACACAGAAUGUGGAAUCGACACCAUCUAAAAGUCUUACCUCACCGGCAUUCCAAGCACCCAGCCCAAGACACACCACUCAAACAACUGUUUCAUCACAUCCAGCAGCACCCAUUCAGCAGACCAACCCCUGGGCCUCUUCCAGAGGCAGCCCCGCCCAUACCGCCAUACCCACUUCUCCCUGGUCAACACCACAAGCUACAAAUCCUUUUGCCAAUGCUCCACCCAUAGGUGGAGCAACGGUCAGUAAUGGUGGUGCUUUUGGUCAGUUUUCACAACAACCACAACCUCCUCCAAGGUCACAUGCUCCAAAUUUGCAACACGUUCGGAGUCAUUCCAUAGACACUGGUGAACUUUCCACGAGUCAGUGGCAAAGUCAUUCUCGUCACCAAGCAAAACCUACUCUUAUGGACAUGGCACAGCAACGGAGCUUUCAAGUCAAUGGCAGUGCAUGGGGGGAAUCAGCAUCUGGGGUUUCAAAGCCAACAGGGCCAAAUGUUGACCCUUUUGAUGUUGCUUGGGCUGCUAAGUCUACAAACAGGCCAACAGCAUCCAAUAAUAAUCCAUUUAGCAGUGGCAGAGGAACACAGAAAACUUUUGAAGUGAAAUUAUAAAAGUAUGAAAAUUAUGACUUAAUAUCAAUAUUCAGGAAUAGAACAAGACAAAAGAUAAUAGGUACAGAAAUGUGUUUUUCCUAAGGAGAAGCCAGUGUCUCUAGUGGCAAAUGGCAGUUAUUGUACAUUUACUUUCUUGGUGUUUCAUUGAAACAUUGUCCAUUUCACUCAAGAAGCUUUUUUUUUUUUUGUCCUAAAAUGCUACAUGUAUAUUGAGUAAGUUUUUUUUUUAUACAUGUAAACACUUAUUUUACUUUAAAGCAAGUCUUACUUGUAUCUGUUUUAUGUAAAAAAUAUAAUUUUAAUGUUUCAACAUAGAUGGUAUUCUAUCUUCUUACUUGAAAAUAGUACACAUUUAUAUGUUUAUAUUAUGAUAGUAGCCCUUCAUGUUGGGAUCAUAUCAUUUUAUGUAUACUUCACAUUGUGUAUGUUGAACAUCUGUUUUUAUUACAUAGUUUUUGUUGACUCGUAAACUGAUCUGUGCAUACAUAGAUUGUAUUAAGUGUGCAGGUAAUGUAAUAUUAGACCCAAUCAAUUUUUUUAGAAGAAUUUGUUCAAAGUACCUUAAAAUCUAAGAUAUUUUAUCUUGAAGUUGUUAAAGUGAUAUUUUCACACACACGCACACACAAUCUUAGAUUUAGACCAGAAAAUUUGUAAAUAAAUUAAUUCAACUGACUAAUUAAGAUAUUAAACUGAUAGAUGCUUAAUUAAUAGCAAAUUAUGCAGUGCUAUUUUAUAGAAUAUAUAGAUAUCUAAAAUUUAUAUUCUAGUAUUUAUAAUCUAGGAUCAUUUGAUUUGAUCAGGGACUUUUAAGUAAUCUUUUAACAUGUUAAACAUAUCUUCAAAAAGAAAAGUUGUGAAGAGUUGUCUGUGAUUACAUUUUGUGUUUUUAUAAAGCACAGCAGUUAGAUUCAUCUUAAAUGUAUCAUUUUUUGCCAGUUACUCUUUAACAAUAAAUAAUGAGCUAAAGACUAGGACAUACAUACAUUCAUUUUAUGUACUAUUUCCAUGAAAAUUGACUUUAGAAAAUGUAAAAGAGAUACAGUUCUGUGCAAUGGCAAGUAAAAGGAAAGUUGAUUUUAAUUUUUUUUUCAAGAUUUGUCUUAUGAUGAAGGCUUAUCAGACCUUUCUGUUUAACCUGGCCUCGGGAUCAUGAAACAUAUUAAGUCAAAAAAUGUAUACUGUAUUGCUCUGAAAUGAUUUAGAAAGCAAGUGGUCCAAAAUAUAAAUGCUUUUUAAUUUUGCAUCAAUAAAUUGCUGUUAUAUGCAAAUUCAGAGUCUUGGCUCACAAGUAAUUAACAUGGAAUAGAUUUUUAAAUUUAGACUUGUCUAUGUCUGUUACAUGAUCCCAGGGCCAAGUCUAUAUUCUACCAUGAGAAUUUUAACAGAAAACUUAGUUUUUAACUUUUAAAUUACUUUUCAUGGUCUUUCAAUGUUGGAAAUGAAUGACUUUGUAAGACAUGUUAUAAGCUGUUGGUCAUGUAAAGAGUAUACUGUAUAUCACCUUCUAUUCGUGAAAACUUUAUUUUCGAGUAAUUCUGCAUGUCUGUCUGCUCGCAAAAAAUUUCAUUCUCGCGUAUGUUUUUAUUGUUAAGGAUUAUAUACAACAAUAACCACAGCUCAUGAAAAUUUUGUCUUGCUUAUAAAUCACCAAAUAGCUGUCUCGCUAAAAGAAGGUUUUGCGAAAAAAUAGUGAUCUACAGUCUUUACUCAGAUUGAUUGGAAAUGUGACCUUCAGAUGUUUUUCUUAAAUACUUUUAAUUAGCAGUUGUUGUCUAGGUGCUUUUUAACUUUAUACAAAAAUUGAUACCUGCUUUUCUUUGGCAUUACUGGAAAAGUCAGGAAUCCUUGGUAUGCAGGGCCUUGUCAUUAUCAUAAUGUAAAAGCUCGUAAAUCUGUAAUAUUUUACUGAGUUACUGAUUUAUUGCAAUUAUCAUGUUAUGUUUAUAUUUUAAACAUAAGUCUUGCAUUAAUAAAAUCUCAAUAUAGA